GUCUCGGAUGUUCCAUGUCGGUGUUUUCCUUUUCAUUUUAUCUGCCAGCAGUGGUCAGGAACAUGAAGGAGAUUAUGUACUGGGGUGUGUUCUGCGUGAAAGCCCAUGCAACACCUCGAUAGGCGAAUCUAAUGGAGAAAUGUUCGACUCCAAGAUGGCUUUGAAUCUUGAAGAAUUCCAACAAUUUCCAUUGAGUAAAAGAGUGUGUACAAGAGCAAAGAAUUCUAUACAACAACAGAGAAAAUCUAACAGACGCAGACGACAGCUGACAAAUGCCAAGUCUGUCAAAGAAACUCAGAAGAAUUCUGGAUUAAUUAGAGAAGUGGAGUUCGGAAAUCCUUUCCUGCAAUUAAAAUCCACUGAAAAUCUCAUAUAUCCUGGGUCUGUUGACAUGUCGAAGGUGAGUCGAAAAAUGUCAAAUGUUCCUUCCUCCAUUCAAAUUCAGACAAUUCGUAAAAGAAGAAAUUAUGUAAACUCCAGAAAGAAUCGGAAUGUAGUCCAAAAAAGACGAAGGCGUCUUACUGAAAUUAAGAAUCCGGGAACAAACACUCGUCAAUGUAGAACAUCUCGAAGACUCAGACUUCUGUCUAAAGAGAGCGCCUCUAACGUAAAUAAACUCAGCCGAAUACGACGAUCAUCUUUUCGCGUUCGUUCGCAACAUGUUGAAAAUCGCCGAGGAAGAACAUCAGGGCGAUGGAGGGCACAACAUAAGGCUGGAGGAGGACGAAUCCGAGCAAAAAGAGAAAUCAGACAUACGUACGGUACCGGAAGACGGACAACUCGUCUGACCGGAAGACGUGGAGAGAAACGAAGACGUGCGGCGAAUCGUGCGAGAAACAGAAGAAGCCCAUCGUUGUUUGUAAGAAGGGACAGCAGGCGUCUGCGCACACAGAGGACAUUGCGACGGAAUAUUUCAAGAAAAAUGAAUCAGAAUCGAAGAGAUCGGCGGGUUAAAUGGGGAAGGCAUAUCAUUUUACCAAAAAUUUCACCAGUUACAAAACGUCGCUCCUCAAAACGAAGACAAGAGGCGAGGCGGCGGAAGUCAUCCAACAGCAAAUCUGAAUCGCCCACCACGGCUGUUUUCCAACUAGUCAACGAAAUCCAUUUGUCAAACGAUAUUACUGAAAACAGUGUUUCAAAACAUUUGAAUGUUUUAUCCAGAAGAAGCAGACGACGCCAUCCUCAAAAACGAAACAGACAGCGAAGACUCAGAAGUCGCUGUAGUCAAUCGAGAGCACACAAUGAUAUUCCUGUCAAGAAUUCUUACAGAAUCUUUAAUAAAAAUAUCAUCAAUAAUCAAACUGUUCCAAGAAUCCAGACUUCACUCAAGCGAAGAAUCCAGACUUCACUCAAGCGAAGAAUUCAGACCUCACGCAAGCGACUGUCCCAUACGAUAGACGGAGACGGAUGCGUCACUUGUUCUGAAGAAUAUACCGAGGUGAUCGAACAAAUCGAAAACCCCGCUCCGGAUGUGAAAGAAGGAGAAAGACAUGAACAGUUCGUAGAAAGCAGAGGACACAUGAUCGGGAUCCUGGGUCUAGCGUUCUGGAUGAAGUCGAGACCAACUUCCGUUUGAGUCCGCUCCUGAGUUUUCC